CCUCUUUUUCCUUCCCUUCCCUUCCCUCCUUCUCCUCUCUCUUUCUCUCUCUCUUUCUCUCUCUUGCUCCUUACUCUUCUUCUCCCACUCUCGCUCUCGCUCGCACCUCCCACUUGCAAAAUGACCUUCGCUACCCCCACUAACCUGGUCCCCGCUCAGAAUGCCGCUGUUGCCGGUCUCUCUGCUGCCUCCGAGGUCCCCGAGGUCGCCUCUUUCAAUGUCAAGGCCGGUCUCGCCCAGAUGCUCAAGGGUGGUGUCAUUAUGGAUGUGAUCAACGUCGAGCAGGCCUUGAUUGCCGAAGCUGCCGGUGCCUGUGCCGUCAUGGCCUUGGAGCGUGUCCCUGCCGAUAUCCGCAAGAACGGCGGCGUUGCCCGUAUGUCAGACCCCAGAAUGAUCCGCGAGAUCAUUGCUGCCGUCUCUAUCCCCGUCAUGGCCAAGGUCCGCAUCGGUCACAUUGUCGAGGCCCAGAUCAUUGAGUCCCUUGGAGUUGACUACAUUGAUGAGUCCGAGGUCCUUACUCCCGCUGAUGAGUCCAACCACAUCAACAAGCACGAGUACAAGGUCCCCUUCGUUUGCGGCUGCAAGAACCUCGGCGAAGCUCUUCGCCGUAUCAACGAGGGUGCUGCCAUGAUCCGUACCAAGGGCGAAGCUGGUACCGGAAAUGUUGUCGAGGCUGUCCGUCAUUGCCGUACAGUCAAGGCCGAGAUCCGCAAGGCACAGUUGAUGGAUGAUGCUGAGCUCUUCACCUAUGCCAAGGAGAUCCAGGCCCCUUAUCAUCUUCUCAAGGAGACUGCCAAGUUGGGACGCUUGCCUGUUGUCAACUUCGCUGCCGGCGGCGUUGCCACUCCUGCCGAUGCUGCCUUGAUGAUGCAGCUCGGAUGUGAUGGUGUCUUUGUUGGAUCGGGUAUCUUCAAGUCCGGUGACCCAGCCAAGCGUGCCCGUGCUAUUGUCCAGGCUGUGACCCACUACAAGGACCCCAAGGUUUUGGCAGAGGUCUCCGAGGAUCUGGGAGAGGCCAUGGUCGGUAUUAACAUCUCGGACAUCCCUGAGGGCCAGCUCUAUGCCAAGCGCGGCUGGUAAACCUCGUGAGAGGCAUCGAUCCCAUCGUCGAUAUUGACCACUGAACAACAUUCAAGCCUUUAUCAAGCGAAGUAUACACAAACACAUGCAUUGUAUAUCAAAAGACACACCAUCUCUUUUUCUCUCUUUCAAGCCAGUCCAUCAUACAUUAGAAUCGACAGCAAUUGCACCUUUUAACGGACGUUUUGUAACUAUAAGCCAUAAUAAACACUUUUUUUCCUUAAAAA